AUGGCCACACAGCUCCUAGUCCUCGCCGCCCUCCUGCUUGGAAAGCAGCACGGGCACCGGUCGAACCUGACGAUCUUCGUCACUGACCGCCACAUCGCGCACGCGGCGCUGGUCGAGAGCGGGGUCGCGCUCGCCGACCGCCCCGCGGUCACGCGCGCGCUCCUGGGGGAGACAGGCAGCACCAUCUCGCGGUCCAGCUACGGGCCCGUGUGGCGCCUCCUGUGCCGCAACCUCGUCGCCGAGACGCUGCACCCGUCGCGGGUGAAGCUGUUCGCGCCGGCGCGCGCGUGGGUGCGCCGCGUGCUCGCGGAGAAGCUCGGGCGGGAGGCCGAGGAGGCUCAGGCGAAAGAACAGGCGCCGCCCCCCGUGAUGGAGGCGUUCCGGUACGCCAUGUUCUGCCUCCUGGUGCUCAUGUGCUUCGGCGAGCGGCUGGACGAGCCCGCGGUGCGCGCCAUCGCGUCCGCACAGUACGGCUGGCUCAUGUUCGUGGCUAAGAACACGAGCGUGUUCGUGGCUAAGAACACGAGCGUGUUCGCGUUCUGGCCGGCACUUACUAGGAUCGUCUUCCGCGGCCGCCUCCAGGAGGGGCUUGCCGCUCGACAGCGGCAGAAGGAGCUCUUCGUGCCACUGAUCGACGCGUGCCGAGUGCGCAAGCAGCAGCAGGUCAAGAACCAAGGUGGUGCCGCGGUGGCGCCAGAAGAGGAGGCGACCACGUUCGAGCACUCGUAUGUGGACACGCUGCUCGACAUCAGGCUCCCCGAAGAGGGGGACCGCGAGCUCACUGACGACGAGAUGUCCAACCUCUGCUCCGAGUUCCUCACCGCCGGCACCGACACGACGUCCACCGCGCUGCAGUGGAUCAUGGCCGAGCUGGUCAAGAACCCGGACGCACAGGAGAAGCUCUACAGCGAGAUCAAGGCGACGUGCGGCGACGAGCAAGGGGAGGUCACCGAGGAGGACACGCACAAGAUGCCGUACCUCAAGGCCGUCGUCCUCGAGGGACUGCGCCGGCACCCACCUGCACACUUCGUGCUGUCGCACAAGGCGGCGGAGGACAUGGAGGUCGGCGGGUACCUGAUCCCGAAGGGCGCGACGGUGAACUUCACGGUGGCAGAGAUGGGAUGGGACGAGCGGGAGUGGGACAAGGCCCAUGGAGUUCGUGCCGGAGCGGUUCCUGGCAGGCGGCGACGGUGA